AUUGUUGCACUAGUAAAGUUGAGCGCGGACGAUUAAGAGCUACUGCAAAUCGCCGCCGUCUUCAAAAAAUAAGCAGUAUAAUUUUAGAAUCUUUUUAGCACACACAAAAUUUUUUUACAAGCAACACCAAGUUUUGAUCGAAAAACGAUACUACAAUAUAUACACACAAAUUUGUAUUUCCACAAGAAUCGAUAUUAUAAUAAAACGGAAAAAAAAUAAACUAAAUAUAUAUUCGACACGACGACGAUCAUCAUAAUUUAUAUUAUAUUGCAAAUAUAUUUUCAACAAGAGAGAUCCAGAUUUAAAAAAGAAAAAAAUACAAGAGUCCACAAACGAGAAGAAUUUAAGAGAAAAAAAGGAUUAACAAAGCGUGUGAACACCAAACAUAUUUUAGUGACAUUAUUAUAAUUAUUAUUUUGUUCAUUUCUAAAUGAAUUCAAUUGUGCAAAACAGUCUUGUGAAUGAUGCAAACACGAAACUUUACAAUUGUAUACAAUAAGUAGACUGAGGCUAAGAAAUCGCUUAGAGUUCAAACGUAAAAAACCAGGCCGCCAAUCUAAUGUUGUUCAUAUCUUUAUUUCAAUUCGCGGACAAUUUUUAUGUGAAUCAUUAACAAAUUAUAUAAUUAUUUUACUGCAUCUUAAGUGCGAUCGAAUUGAAAGAGAGGUAAAAAAAAUAAUAAGAAGAAGACAGAACGAAAGACAUAUAAUAAAACAAAGGACAAAUGCUUACCGUGAAACUAUAAUAAAACAUUGUGAUCUGGUGGAAUAAAAUAUACUUUACCGAUUUAAGUGCUUUCCUAAUCCGUGUUACUAAUCUUUACCGCUUACAUACGUAAUUGCAUUUGUGUUUCGGUUCGGUAUUUUUUACGUUUUGGUGUACGAAGCAAAUGAAAUAUUCUUCGUUCGGAAAUAUGUGCAUAUAGUAUCUAUACAAUCGUAGAGAAAGAGAAAUCGGAACUGAAAAGUGUGAAAGAUAGAUCCGGCAGACAGACGGAAAUAACAACAAGAACAAAAAAAGAUCAUACGAACUGAACACACAUAUAAUAUAUAUGAAAGAAGAAAAAGAAAAAAAACUCAGUUACCGCAUCGGACAAUGAAAUUAUGGUGCAAAAAUAAUGAAUGAAUAAAAACGUCAAAAAAAAAAGAAGAUAUUCGAUGGAAAUUGAGAGAUGAGACCAAAAAAGCGGUCAGUGGAUAAUAGAGGAAAAAUUAAAAUUAAAAAAAAGGAAAAGAGUUGUUAAGGGUCGCGAGAACUGCAUACAAGUCGAAAAUCCGUCCUACUACAAAGCUACAACCGCCAAAUGCCAUCCGAAAUUACAGAAAACAUAACAUUACGUUCGGGAUCAACGAAUGGGGAAAUAGUAUUAUCGUUAAAUUACAGAUAAAACAAACAAACACGCGAAAUUUUAUAAACCGUACGAAACUUAAAAAGUCUCGCGCCGAAGCUUUUUUUUUUGUUAUUAUUUGGUUGUACUUUGAAUUUAAUGACUGCAGCAUAGUGAAACUAGUACAAACGGAAACCAUUCAUAUAGAGACUGUUGUGAAGAGUCAUUCAUUCUGGUUGGUCUUUUUUUUAUUUCAUCUCUCCUUCUCGUAAACCUUCAAUUCAGUUGCGCAGUCUGAAAUCAUUGGAAAAGCACAACUAUUCGCGCCACUACCGAAAACUACAGUUUCGUUAGCGCUUAUGUAUCGCUAUAAAAACGAUACAACCGUGGAGUGAAUACAACACAUAAAUAGACAAGUGAACAAACUCACACACGCUUCACAACGUGAAAAUAAGGCAACAUCGUCGGAUCGUCAAAAUUAAUACAUUUAGGCUCAAGCUGAAAGCAAUAUAACAUUAGAAAUGGCUGAAGGAAACGGAGAAAUUAUUGAAGAAAUGGCAACAACCCAAAAAACCGAUGGCAACGGUGAACCCGAGCGGACAGCAGAUUACCCAAAACUAGUUGAAUAUGGACUAGACAAACGAGUGGCAGCCAAAUUAGACGAUAUAUAUAAAACUGGAAAAUUAGCCCAUGUAGAAUUAGAUGAACGUGCUUUGGAUGCGCUUCGCGAAUUUCCUGUUGAUGGUGCCUUAAACGUAUUGAGCCAAUUUCUCGAAUCGAAUUUGGAACAUGUAUCAAACAAAUCGGCAUAUUUAUGUGGUGUUAUGAAAACAUAUCGACAGAAGAGUCGAGCCAGUCAACAGGGUAUUCCGACACCAACCGCCACAGUAAAUACAAAAGGACCAGACGAAGAAAAAAUAAAAAAAAUCCUAGAACGAACUGGAUACACACUCGAUGUUACAACAGGUCAAAGAAAAUAUGGUGGCCCUCCACCGAAUUGGGACGGACCUACGCCUGGCAAUGGUUGUGAGGUGUUCUGUGGAAAGAUACCAAAAGACAUGUUCGAAGAUGAAUUGAUUCCAUUAUUCGAAAAAUGUGGUACAAUAUGGGAUCUGCGUUUGAUGAUGGAUCCAAUGACUGGAACUAAUCGUGGAUAUGCAUUUGUUACAUUUACCAAUCGAGAAGCUGCACAAAAUGCUGUAAAGGAGCUCGAUAACCAUGAAAUUAAACCCGGCAAAAGUUUGAAAAUUAACAUAAGCGUACCGAAUCUACGCCUUUUCGUAGGAAAUAUACCCAAAUCAAAAGGCAAAGAGGAGAUUUUAGACGAAUUUGGUAAACUAACAGCCGGUCUUGUUGAGGUGAUCAUUUACAGUUCACCUGACGAUAAGAAGAAAAAUCGUGGAUUUUGUUUCUUGGAGUAUGAAUCACAUAAGGCAGCAUCGUUGGCCAAACGAAGACUCGGAACUGGACGCAUUAAGGUCUGGGGUUGUGAUAUUAUUGUCGAUUGGGCCGAUCCUCAAGAAGAACCAGAUGAAUCAACAAUGAGCAAAGUGAAAGUAUUAUACGUACGCAAUUUGACACAAGAUAUAAGCGAAGAAAAGCUGAAAGAAAGCUUUGAACAAUAUGGAAAAGUGGAACGUGUUAAGAAAAUUAAAGAUUAUGCAUUUGUGCAUUUUGAGGAUAGAGAUAAUGCCGUUUUAGCUAUGCGUGGUCUUGAUGGCAAAGAACUAGGAUGUUCGAAUAUCGAAGUUUCACUGGCAAAGCCACCGUCUGAUAAAAAGAAGAAGGAAGAAGUAUUGAGAGCGCGCGAACGACGUAUGCUACUUAUGAUGCAAGGUCGAACUGGCGUCGUAGGCAGCUUGUCACCUACACAUCCUGGCAUGAUACCACCACCGGGUUUGCCGCCAAUGAGAGGCGUAGGUGUAGCACCAGCUGGAGCACGAGUGCCAUUGCGGGGACCAAUGACACGAGGUGAUUAUGAUUAUGAUUACGACCUUUAUGGUUAUACUGAUUAUCGGGGCGGAUACAAUGAUUCUUAUUAUGAUGAUUAUUUUCGUUCAUACGAUGGAGAACAGUUUUUCGAAUAUACGGCGAAUAGUGGUACAGGGCCACAAAACACAAAUCAAAGAAACAACAGAAACAUAUCGGGAGUUGGUCAUUGUCGUGGAAUCAUAGUGCCUUCCCGAGCCGUUGGGCUCCGUGGCAUCAAUCUGGAGGAAUUACCUCAACGUCUCAACGUGGUAGCUCCAAUAACCGCGGCUUACCGUGGAAUACAAGCACAUCUCAACGUUCGUGGCACUCAGCGAGGCAAGCCACUGCCAAAUACAACAGUAGUCGGUAAACGUAAAUUUGAUGGCGGUCACCAAAAUCCAGGGGAUCCGAAGCGACGUUACGCAAGUGGCUUAAUUUUAGGAAAUGGUGGAAAUAAUUGGGGAAGUCAACCGUUGCCUCAACAACCAUUGGGUGCAAAUGGCGAACAAUGGUACACGGAUACAUAUGCAGCUUGGAGUUAAAAGGAAAAUAAUUUAAUGAAAAAAGAAGAUAAAAAUAAUAAUAAUAAUAAUAAAAAAUCACAAUAACACGUUUUUUCACAAUUGGUGAAGUAAAAGAGAUAAAAAAAUACACAUGUUGUUUGUGUAGAGCUGUACGAAGAAAACUAAGCAUGCAAAAUCAAGACAAAAAUGCGAAAAGAAGAAAAAAAAAAUUUGAAAUUAAUGAAAAUUCAUUGAAAAAGAAAAACCGAUAGACUGCGGAAAAUUCGCCUAAUUUCGUUUUUUGAUGUAGUUUAUUUGUUUUGAACAGAAAUAGCGUCUAUGUGAUUUUUCGUGUCUCACUUUAAUAUUACACAUAAUCCUUUUUCUCUAUUUCUUCUUCUUAUUUUUUUUUACUUUUAAUAAUUUUAAAAUUACACACACAUGAUAGUUUUUAAAAGUUUUCAAUAGAUCCAUA